CCGCCCAGUCUGAGUUUCCUGACUCAGAGGUUUUGGUGGGGGUGCAGAUACAUUUGCCUUGCAAUAAAAGCAAAAGCAACGGCUCAAGCAGGCUCCUUGGAGAAAAUCAGAGAACUCAACUUACUCAAGAGAAGGUCUUGUACGUGACUCAGCUACAGAGCCUCCUGACGUGAGCAUGGCUGAGAGUGAGGACCGCUCUCUGAGGAUCGUUCUGGUAGGGAAAACCGGAAGUGGGAAAAGUGGGACAGCGAACACCAUCCUCGGAAAGCAAAUCUUUAAGUCUAAAAUUGCGGCCCAAGCUGUUACCAAGACCUGUCAAAAAGCAUCCCGGACCUGGCAGGGGAGAGACCUUCUUGUUGUUGACACUCCAGGGCUCUUUGACACCAAGGAGACCCUGGACACCACUUGCAGGGAAAUCAGCCGCUGCGUCCUCGCCUCCUGCCCAGGGCCCCAUGCUAUUGUCCUGGUUCUGCAGCUGGGUCGCUACACAGAGGAAGAGCAGAAAACCAUUGCAUUGAUUAAGGCUGUCUUUGGGAAGCUAGCCAUGAAGCACAUGGUCAUCUUGUUCACUCGCAAAGAGGAGUUGGAGGGCCAGAGUCUGGAUGGCUUCAUAGCAGAUGCGGAUGUGGACCUAAAAAGCAUUUUAAAGGAGUGCGGGAACCGCUGCUGUGCCUUUAGCAACAGCAGCCUAACAAGUGAGGCAGAGAAGGAAGCUCAGGUGAAGGAGCUGGUGGAGCUGGUAGAGAAAAUGGUGCAGUGCAACAAAGGGGCUUACUUUUCUGACGCCAUAUACAAGGACACAGAGGAAAGGCUGAAACAACGGGAAGAGGUUUUGAGGAACAUCUACACUGACCAAUUAAAUGAGGAAAUUGAACUAGUAGAAAAGGAAUAUGAGCAUAAAUCAGAGGAAGAAAAGGAGGAAAAAAUAAAAUUGCUAAAAAUGAAAUAUGAUGAAAAAAUUAAAAAUAUAAGGGAAGAAGCUGAGAAAAAUAUAUUUACAGAUGUUUUAAGUAGGAUAUUGAAGAUGCUUUCCAAAAUAUGGCAUAUGUUUUGGUAGCAAUAUAAAUUUUAUUCUUUCUUCUUAAUUUACUAUGAUUUGUUAAUGUGGUGAAUCGUAUUUUCCAAAUAUAGUUGCAAAAAUGCCUCCCUCUCCUUAGCUUUAUUAAGGUUUCAUUGACAAAUAAAAAUUGAGUAUGUUUAGGGUGUAUAAUAUGAUGUUUUAAUAUAUGUAUAUGUACAUUGUGAAAGAAUUAACUCAAGGUAAUUAACACAUCGAGCACCUCUUGGUUACUAUUUUAUUUGGUGUGGUGAGAACAUUUGAGGCCUAAUCUCUUAGCAAAUUUCAAAAAUGCGAUACAGUAUUAUUAAGUAUAGUCAUCAUGCUGUAUGUUAGAUCUCCAGAGCUGAUUUAUCCUGCAUAACUAAAGUUUUGUACCAACAAUUCUCCAUUUCCCCCAACGCCCAGUCCCUGGCAACCAACAUUCUAUUCUUUGCUUCUGUGAGUUCUACUUUAUAAAAUUCCACAUGUAAGUGAGAUCACGCAAUACCUGUCUUUCUGUGCUUAGCUUAGUUUACUUAACAUAAUGUCCUCUGGGUUCAUUGAUACUAUUGCAAAAGGCAAGAUUUAUUUCUUUUUCAAGGUUGAUUAAUGUUCCAUUAUUAAUAAAAUGUUAAUAAUGCACCAUAUUUUCUUUAUCCACUCAUCUGUCCAUGGACACACUUGGGUUAUUUCCUAUCUUGGCUAUUGUGAAUAAUGUGUAGUGAGCAUGGGAGUGCAGAUAUUUCUAUAAUAAUGCUCAUUGCAGCAUUACUCGCAAUGGAUAAAGAUAUAUUUCAGUGGAAUAUAUAUUUAUAAGCCAUCUAGUUUAUGGUAUUUUUAUAGCAGCCCAAAUGGACUAAUACCUAAAGGAAAUGAAAUCUAUCUUUAUCAUACACACACACACACACACACACACACACACACACACACACAUGCAUAUUCAGUAGAAUGUGUGUUUAGUGGAAUAUAGACUCAGGGGUCUCUGUUGGGCCUCUUUAAUGAUGGCAUGAAUUUCAUUCAUGGGACCUCUGCCCCCAUGACCUAAUCACCUCCCUAGGGCCUUUCUCCUUAUGCCAUCACAUUGGGGGUGAGGAUUUCAAUAUAUAAAUUUUGGAGGGACAUAAUCAUUUAGACCAUAGCAUCCUAUUCCUGGCUCCCCAAAAUCUAUGCCCUUAUCAUGUGCAAAAUACAUUACUUUCAUCCCAGUGGCCCCAAAAGUCUUGUUCCAGCAUCAAUUUUAAAAUGUAACUUCAAAGUCUCAUCUAAUUAUCAUCUAAAUCAGUAAUGGGUGAGACUUAAAGUACAAUUUAUUCUGAGGCAAAUUGCUUUCCGGUUGUGAAUCAGUGAAAUCAAGCAUAUUAUGAGCAUCGAACAUAGUAUGGUGGGAGAGGCACAGGACAGACAUUCUCAUUCUGAAAGGGAAAUAUAGGAAUGAAGAAAGGAGUGACAGUUACCAAGCAAGUCCAACAACCUAUGGCUCAAGAAUAAUCUUUUUUGGCUUGAUGCUGUCAAGGUCCACUGAUAUGGAAGUCCUGCCUUUUGGACUCUUUUUGGUGGUAGUCCAGCCUCCAAAACUUUGCCUGCCCCCACAGCUUUGCUGGGUUCAGCACACACCACACCGGAACCUGCCAGAGCUGCACCUAGGGGAGCUGAGCAAAAUGGCAACAGAGUGUGGGGAGCGGAGUCCAGAAUGUGAGGUAAUGCUGGGCAGCAGUGGCCCCUCCUUUGAAAUUGUUUUGGUCCCCAAGGUCCUAGCCUUCUGUGAUGGUGGUCAGCCCCAGGAUUUCUGAAAUGCCUUUGGGGUCAUUCUCCCAUUGUCCUCGCUUAGACAGUAGGUCCUUGCUUCUGUUUAGAUGGCUCACUGCCUUCAUCAAUAGUACAUGGCUUCCAUUGAGAUGGCUGAUCCAUACUAAUUUCCUUUAUCAAAUGAUCAAUAGGCCACAUUGUUUCUUUUCUGAAAAAGCUUUCUUAUUUUUUUCCAUUAUGGAAAGACUAAGAAUUUUCCAAAUGUUUAAGUUCUACUUCCCUUUGACUAACAAAUCCAUUUGUAUUUAUCUCUUUUCACAUUUUACUAUAGGCAGUGAACAGAAGCCACACUGUAUCUUCAACAUUUUGCUUAUAAAUUUUCUCAGCCAGAUAUCCAAUUUCGUCACUCACAAAUUCUACCUUUCACAAAGCACUUGAACAAUAACACAACAUAGGCAAUUUCUUUGCCACUUUAUAAUAAGGAUUUCCGUUCCUCCAUUGUCCAACAGCACAUUCUUCAUUUCUCUCUGAGACCUCAUCAGAAUGGUCUUUACUACCAAUAACCUAAGUUAUUGGUGUGUCUACUUAGGUAUUUGCUAAGAAAAUUGAGGCUUUCUGAACCUCAGUAGAAUCAUCCUUAAUGGUCCAUUCAGAGCAAUGCAGGCUUUCUCUAGCACAAACCUCUUACUUCCAGCCUUUACUUAUUACCCAGGUCCAAAGCUGCUUACACAUUUUAGGUGUUUGUUACAGCAGCACCCUCAGUUCUUGGUACUAAUUUUUGCUCUUAGUUUGGGCUGCUAUUACAAAAUACUAUAAGCUGCAUGGCUUAUAAGCAACAGAAAUUUAUUUCCUAUGGUUCUGGAGGCUGAGAAGUCCAAAGCACUGGCAGAUUCAGUGUCUAGUGACGGCCCACUUCCUCGUAGACAUUUACCUUUUCACUCUAACCUCACAUGGUGAAUGGGACAAGGAUUUUCUCUUGAACCUCUUUUAUUUUUGUUUUUGUUUUUAAAUUUCUUAUUGAGCCUCUUUUAUAAGUGCACUAAUCACAUUUAUGAGGUCACUACCCCCAUGACCUUGUCAC